AAAAACAAAAAAAACAAAAAUCUCUCCUCAGAUUGACACGCCGAAUCUACCGUCCGAGGUGCUGCGCUUAUUUCGGGCAAUCCCACCAAGAACGGCGGCAAAAAAAACAUCCUCGACGUCUCCAGCGCCCGUACAGUUUCCUCCUCCAUCCCACUCUCGCCUCCCAGAUCCCAAAUUUUUCAAACCCUUCCCUUUCAUGUCGCCUAUUUUAUAAUUUUCUCUCCCCGAAUUCGGCCUCUUUCCCCCCCUCUUCCCAGGUCCCAACCCUCAAAGGAUUCCCUCGUACCCACCCCCCUUUGCUCUGAUCUCUUCCUUCCGUUCGUCCCUCUGGCGUUGGAUUUUCGUUGGUGGGCGGUUCGAAAGUCCACGGCUUUCCGCGUUUUUGUACCCCAGAUUCCACUCGUGCCCGCGUCCGUCUUCCAACAAGAUUCCACCUUUCUUCAGCUGUUGCGUUUUUUUCCCCCCAAUUCCACCUCCAUAAAUUUCGUGAUGUCGGAAAAAUCCAAUCUUUAGCGCUGUUUUCAAGUUGUGGCGUCGACGGUUGCCCCUCCUUUCUUAAAUUAAAGUGCGUUUUGUUAAUGGGACGCCUGCAACUGCUCUUCUCGGAUGCAUUUAGUUCGCGAGUUGUUGGAUGUUAAAGAAACUCCUCCUGGUUGAAUUGAGGUGAGGUCCUCCAAGAUCUGAUUUUUUUUGAGUUUGCAAUAUAAUUUCGGCUAGCUUUGAUCGGAAUUAAGAGUGCCGAGGUGCUGUUUGCUCUUGGUCGAAACCGAAUUCAUCCUACUCCAUAAAAGAUCAAGUUUGGUGAUUAGUGUUGCAAGUUUUGGAUGUUUGAGCAGGUAUAUGGUGUUGCAAGAUUUGAUGCGAAAAAGGUAGAGCAAUGAGGUUUCUUAGAUUUGCUCCAUGGAUCGGGAUUGCAGCAUUUGUCAUUGGUGCAUUGGUUUUACGAGUUCUGUCUCAUUCUUUUCUCCAAGGAGGAAUUUGGGCUGCAGACCAAGGAUUCGAGCCUGUGGCCCUGUCAAGGGGUCCUGGUGAUCCUCCAGUUUUUGCUUAUUGGAUAUCAGGAACUGGUGGUGAAAGUGACAAGAUUUUAAGGCUCUUGAAGGCAGUUUACCACCCGAGGAACCGCUACCUUUUGCACCUCGAUGCUGAUUCCACUGCCACUGAGAGGAGAAAACUGGCACGCUCCAUUCAAUCUAGUAAAAUUUUCAAAGCUUUUGCGAAUGUUGAUGUUGUGGGAAAAACUUACGCAGUCGAUCGGACAGGUUCAUCAGUACUUGCUGCCACACUCCAUGGAGCUGCAGUUCUGCUCAGGAUCAACGCAGACUGGGAUUGGUUCAUUAACUUGAGUGCUUCAGACUAUCCAGUUGUAAAUCAAGAUGAUCUUCUUCAUGCUUUCACUUCUUUGCCAAGAGAUCUGAACUUCAUUGAUCACACUAGUGACCUUGGAUGGAAAGAGAAAGAGAGAUUUGAUAAAAUAAUUGUGGACCCAAGUCUCCAUAUGGACAAAAAUACACAAUCCUUCUUUGCUUCAGAAAAACGAGCAACACCUGAUGCUUUUAAAUUAUUCACAGGUUCUCCAUGGUUGAUUCUCAGUAGAUCCUUCGUGGAGUACUGUGUGCGUAGCUGGGAUAACCUCCCCAGGAAACUUCUCAUGUAUUUCGCGAAUGUCGCCUACUCGAUGGAGUCCUACUUCCAAACAGUGAUCUGCAAUAGCCCUGGGUUCCAAAACACCACUGUCAACAAUGAUCUAAGAUUCUUUGUUUGGGAUGAUCCACCAGGAUUGGACCCUCUCUUUCUCAACCAAUCACAGUAUAAGGAGAUGAUAAAAAGUGGAGCAGCUUUUGCGCGGCGGUUCAUGGAGGAUGACAGAGUGCUCAAAAAGGUAGACAAAAAGAUACUAAGGCGCUCAUCAGAUGGAGUGGGUGUUGGAAAGUGGUGUCUAGGCCAGCUCAGCGGUCGGAAAGGGAAGGAUUUGGAGGAUGAUCCAUGCUCAACCUGGGGUGAUAUCAAUGUUGUGACACCCGGUUCAUCAGGAAGGUGGCUCAGAAGUUUGCUGUCGGAUCUCAUUUCAGAUGAGAGGCUGCGUUCGAGCCAGUGCAAGUUCAGCUGACCUGAUCCGACCAUGGAUCGUGAAUUAAGCCAUCGGCGAUGACUCUGCCGACAUCCAUUUUAUCAGUCUAUAAAAGGCCAGCAACACUGAUGACGCAGCUGCCGGCAAUUUACUUGGGGGGGUGAGAUUUAGGUUUAUUUCACUUCCAUUAGGUGGAUUAUUGAGCAUGACUUUUAUAGGUAAGAGAAGUAACAUUGUAGAGGUCUUUCAAUCAGGGGGUAGUAGGAGUAGAUCCUUCAGUAAGUUGAUAAAGGGGGGGGGGGGGUAUAGAAGAUGUCCAAUAUUACAUUGUUGCCAUCUGCGGAGAUUCCUUUUUCUCUUGUAGCAUGAGAUACGAUUACAAGUAUAAAGCAUCAUGAUUUCUUGAGAUGAUCAAAUAUAUAUUUUUGAGAUUGAGAUUCUGCAGUGGGUACUAA